AUGAAGAUGCUCUCGCUUGCCCUGGCCGGACUUGCGGCCGUCGCUGCUGCAACCGACGACAAGUUUCGCUUUGAGCGCCUCGAGAAGAACAACUCGAUGCUCCUCGUCGUCGACCACCAAGUCGGCUUGUACAACACCGCCCGGGACUUUGACCCGAACCUGUUCCGCGACCAGGUCCUCGCCCACUCGGCCCUAGGCAAGGUCUUUGACAUUCCCGUCGUCCUGACCACGUCCACCCAAGCGGAAAUGCACCCCAACGCACCGCUCAUCCUGCGCGGCGGCGAAGUCAACGCCUGGGACAACGAGGAGUUCCGCAACGCCGUGCAAAAGGCCAACAAGAAGCAAAUCAUCCUGGCGGGCGUCACCACCGACGUGUGCACGUCCUUCCUGGCCCUGUCGCUCCGCGAGGCCGGCUACUCCGUCUGGGCCAACGCCGAGGCCUCGGGCACCACGUCCGCCCUCGUCCGCGACAUCUCCAACGACCGCAUGACCCAGGCCGGCGUCCACGUCGUCAGCCUCUUCUCCAUUGCGUGCGACCUCAUGCGCGACUGGCGCCACACCCCUGGUGCCAAGGAGAUGAUUCCCUACUUUGACAAGUACUUCCCCGUCUGGGCCUACAUUGCGCGCGGCCACCAGGCUGCCGUCACGAAUGGGACUGUGCUCGCCGGCGAGGAGAAGCUCAAUGGUUAA